UGAAACAAAUUGAAAAGAUAUUUUAAUUCCAGCUGUAAUACCAUGUAAUGUGAAAAUGCUUGGCUUAAUAAAACAUAAUGCAGUCUACUUAUUAUAUGCAAAAGGUUUAGAAUAAUAUCAAUUUUAUGCAUUAUGUUUAUAGUAUAGUGUUCUGGUGUUUUAACCUAGCCAAUUUUUGCUAUAUUUAUUAUACUUUACGACGAGAUUUUAAAGAUUCGCGCUUGUGUGCCAACGCGACAUGCGCCGAACUGUGACAGUAAUCUGUCAAUCGUACAAAUUUUUACAGUCAAUUUUUACCCCCGUUUAGACAGACCUUUCUUCUUUUAGUUUUUACCAUAUUGGAAUUCCGAGUAGAUGCGUACAAUAUUUUAAAUAAUUCACAAUGUUUUUUAUCGCUUCGACGUUGUUGAUUUUGGAUACAUCUUCCGUUACAUCGUAAGAUAAAAUUUUGAUCCUGAUUUGACAGCGACACGUACGAACGAUGACACUUAACUGUAUCACACAUACAAAUUUGACAGAAAAAUUGCUGACUUUAUGAAGUUUUCAAUAUUACCGUAUUCUCUGAAUAACAUUAUCUGAAAAAUAAUAAGUCAAAAUUAUCAAGUACAAUGUUGAAAGGUUGGAAGAAGGUUGUUAUUAUAUUUAUAAUAGGUUUGAUAGUAACAAUUUUUGGACUGACAUUAGGAAUACUAUGGUCUGCAAUUUAUACAUCCAUCUUAGGAUCGCAACUGCCUUUGACACCAACAUCUGCAAACUAUGAACUUUGGAAAGAGACUCCGAUUCCCAUGUAUUUGAAACUGUACAUGUUUAAUUUGACUAAUCCAGAAGCAUUUAAUUCCCCUAAUGGAACAAAGCCACAUUUUGCAGAAAUGGGUCCUUAUGUAUUUAGAGAAGUUGAUUAUAAGCUGCAACAAACAUGGAAUGAAAAUAAUACUAUAACAUAUCAAAGGAAGAGGGUAUGGCAUUUUGAUGAGUCUUUGUCAGCAGGGAAAUUGUCAGAUAAUGUGACUAAUAUAAAUCCUGUAACUGCUAGUGUAGCAUACACGUUGAGACACAAAAAACCAUUACUUCGUGACAUAACAGAUAGAAUUAUGCAUGCGAUAAAACAAAAAUUAGUAAUUACCAAGACUGUUAAUCAGUUACUCUUCGAGGGCUACAACGAUACUAUGUUAACAAUUGCUAGAAAACUAAAAAUUACAAAGAUUCCAAUGGAUAAAUUUGGUUGGUUUUAUAAUAGAAAUAAUUCUGCAACGUACGAUGGAACAUUCAACAUGCUCACUGGCGUGUCUAAUAUGCUUGAAUUAGGAAUGCUCAAGGGUUGGAAUUACAAAGAUAAGGUUGAUUACUAUCGCGGAGAAUGUGGGAUAGUAAAAGGAACAAAUGGUGAUUUGUGGCCACCAUUACCAGAUAAUAAAACCAUUUCUUUCUUUAUAUCUGAUAUUUGCACGAGUAUGACGGUGGUGUAUGCAAAUACAACGAUACACGAAGGAUUAACAGGUGUUACAUACACCAGUGAUGAUACAAUUUUCGAUAAUGGUACAAAAGUACCAUGGCGGCAAUGUUACUGUGAAGGAGAAUGCAUACCGUCUGGAGCGUUAAAUAUUUCGUUGUGUAAGUGGGGUGCGCCGGCAUUCAUUAGUUUACCACAUUUUUAUUUAGCAGAUCCGAGUUAUAGAAACAACAUCGAUGGAAUGAAUCCUAGUAAAGAGAAACACCAACUCUCGAUAUCCAUAGAACCGAAUACGGGUGUUCCAUUGAAAGUAAGUGCGCAGUUACAAUUAAAUCUGUUGAUCCAACCUGACAAAUAUAUGUCUAUGUUCAAGCACCUCGAGAAAACAUUUGUACCGAUGUUGUGGUUCACGCAGGAAGCUUAUUUGACUCCUAGUUAUGCUAGUAAAGUGAAAUUUGUCAUAAUUUUACAAUCUUUGGGUAGCGUAACAUUUUUCGGUAUCGCUGGUAUUGGUAUUUUAAUCAUUUGCAUCGGUGUUUUCGUGCUCAUACGAAGUAACUGGAAAGGAGAAGACAAUGAAGUUUUAUUGUCGAGAAGUAGUACGGCCGAAUUUACUAAUAACGAUGGAUGAUCGGUUAUAUUUCUAGGUUCGAAGUUAUUAAGAUAAAGAAGAAGAUAUUAUAAAAUGAACACGUUCGUUUGAAUUGUUUGUGAAUGUGCUUUAAAAGUAUUUCUAUGAUUUAAAUCGCAAUCAAGUGCCUCAUCAUCAUAAUAGAAGCGGCCGCCAGAAAUGAUUAAAAAUAAAAAUGGCCUCGCGUAUUUUAAGGAUAUCAUGUAUACACAUGACAAUUUAUCAUCGACACAGGGUUGUUGUAAACAAAGCAUAGAAACUUAUUUUCAAUCUCUUUAAAACUAUUUUUUUAGCAAAUCGAAUUGCGUGCGAUAAUCCAGGCGUGCGUGCCUGCGAAGUAUCAAAAAUCCGUGACGAUAAUUAAGAUCACGUUAAUUAGACUCC